AUGUCACGAAUGUCCAUUCAACAACAUGAACAUGUCCAUUCGAACCCAUAUUCAUCUUUCACACCUAUCCUUCUCAGUCUGACGAUCUUGUCAAUAUAUUUACUAUCAGGAUCACUGUAUACGAACAGAUCAUCACCACCCAUAUCCUUCACUAUCUCAUCAGGGUUGAUAUUGGCUUCUUAUAAACCUGGUUUGAUAACUGCUUUGAUCUCAAUAACCAGUAUUAUAAUCGGGAAUACAUUCUUAGCAAUAGAUUAUAUCCACGGGGAAUGUUGGUAUGAAGUUUUGGUAGGAGGUCAAAGUUGGCAUAAAGAUAGAUUAGGUGAAUUGGCUUGGUAUAAACAAUGUGUACAACCUUCACAAGCUUGGUGGUUGAUCAUCAUUGUAGGGUUAAUCUGGUCACUAAUUGCUAUUGUAUGUCAAAUCGACUUCACUCAUAAACCCGUCCCCAUUUACACUCAGUGUAUCGUCCAAUCUGACUAA